GUGAAAAUAUGAAACUCUGCUAGGGUUUUGUUGUUUCCUCUCUUCUCUUCAAGUUUCCGCCGCAGAGACAGACAGUCAUGGCUACUACCAUUUCUCCUUCUGAUCGUAUCCUUUUUUCAUACAUUGAUUUGUAGCUUCUCGCCAUUUUAAUUCAUUGGAAAUUUUUCAUUUUAGGAGGGUUUUACCAGGGUUUACUUGCAAGGAAAGUUCCUUUGUCUUUGUUCUCUGUUGAUUAGAUCUGAUUGUUGAUGUCAUUACAAAAAUUCGAAAUAUUGUUACUCCUUGAUUAUUUUUGUUAUAUAGAAGCUGCAGAUUUGCUGUCCAUUGAUCAAGAAACUAUGGCCAAAGUCACUGACACUGGGAAUAAUAAGGAUGUGUACAGCUCAACCAAGAAGAAACUUGGUUACCAAUACAACUCUGCUCAAAAGGGCUCUUAUGUUGGUGGCUAUUAUCCUCCUCAAGCAUAUCAGUAUUACCCAAGAUAUGGUUAUGACAUGAACUAUGCUUCUGGAAAGACCAACAACACUCCCUACCUGGGACGAUCUAGCAGUGGAUACAUAGAUAGCAUGUACUCAAUGUAUGGACCUUACAUGAGUGGCUAUGGAUAUGGAUAUGAUUCUUAUGGUUAUGGCACUUAUAAGUAUACUCCAAACUGGUACGCGUUUAACAAUGGAUACAAGACAAAGAGUUACGUGUACGGCAAAGAGAAUGCAGAGUGGUUAAACGAGCUGAACAGAGGGCCAAGAGCCAAGGGGUUCAAGACUGGGCAGCUUGAAACUAUCAUUAAAGAUGUUUCUGUUACAGAUUCAAAGGAGGAAUACAACAAGGAAGAUUUCUCUGAUACUUACUCCUCCAAUGCAAAGCUCUUUGUAAUCAAAUCGUACAGUGAAGAUGAUAUUCACAAAAGCAUCAAAUAUAAUGUGUGGUCCAGCACCCCCAAUGGUAACAAGAAGCUUAAUGCUGCUUAUAAUGAAGCUACUAGAGAGAAUUCAUGCCCUGUUUUUCUCAUCUUCUCUGUAAACACUAGUGGGCAGUUUGUUGGUUUAGCGGAGAUGGUAGGACCAGUUGAUUUCAACCAGACAGUGGAAUACUGGCAGCAGGACAAGUGGACUGGUUGCUUCCCUGUGAAGUGGCACAUCGUUAAAGACAUCCCAAAUAGUUCCUUGAGGCAUAUAACUCUGGAGAAUAAUGAGAACAAGCCCGUUACAAAUAGCCGAGAUACACAGGAAGUGAAGAUGGAGCAAGGCGUGAAAGUGAUCAAGGUUUUCAAGGAACAUGUGAGCAAGACAUGCAUACUCGAUGAUUUCGUGUUCUAUGAGAGUCGUGAAAAGAUAAUCAAAGAAGGGAAAAAGAAGCACCAGCAGUAUAAAAAACAGCAAGCUUUGACUGCCAGUGACAAAAAGGCAACACCAAAAGACGAAGCAAAGGAGGAGACUAGUGUGAUAACAGAAGUGGUUGAAGAGAUAUCACAAAACGGGGUUACAGAAGUUGCUAGCGCUUGCUGAAUGAAGCAAAAGCUGCUUGCUUUUAGCUUUGGGUGUGUUUUUUUUGGUCCGUUCAAAUUUACUCACUCUCUUAGGAGUUUUGAAGAUGUAGGAGGGAGAUCUAUACGAGUAAACCCUAUGCAAGAUCCGAUUUACGUUUGGCUGUUGUUCAAAGUAUAAGAUAAAAAUGAUUUCAGUGGCUGUUGUUUUUUUUCCUUUUUCCUUUAUUGCAUUCGAUCCCAGUGCUAGAGGCUU